CUUGUCAGCACCAGUGUCGCCGUUGUCGGCAAGCCAACAAAACUUGCGCUUAUCGUGCGUGGCGACCUCAAGAUGAGCAAGGGCAAGACUGCAGCACAAUGCGCUCAUGCUGCUGUCAUGUGUUAUCAAAGUGCAGCUCAAGGCAGCGAAUCGCAGGCGGCAGUACUACAACGUUGGUGCCGAAUGGGGCAGCCAAAAAUUGUUCUACGUGUGGAUAGCUACGAGCAGUUGCAUGACCUGCAACAUCAAGCCCAGCAGGCAAACGUGGUUGCUCAACUGGUCAGAGACGCGGGACGCACACAACUGGAAGCCGGCACAGCGACAGUGUUGGGCUUGGGACCUGCCCUAGCCACGGAUCUUGACAAACUGGUUGCUCACUUAAAACUAUUGUAA